AUGGUCUCAGACUUCAGAAAGAAGAAACUCCUUCACGUCUUCACCGCUUUCUUUGACACCAAUGGAAGUGGAAGUAUCGAUAAGCAGGACUUUGACCUAGCCAUCGAGAGGAUAGGUAAGCUCAGAGGAUGGUCUGCAGGCGAUGCGAAGUACAAAGCAGUUGAAACAACUCUUAACAAGAUCUGGGAAGGACUCCAAUCCGGCGCUGAUGCCAACAAAGAUGGUCAAGUAACUCAAGACGAAUGGCUCAGCUUGUGGGAAUCAUUUGCUAAGAACCCCUCUGCUGCUGAAGAAUGGCAGAAACUGUACUGCAAAUUCAUCUUUGAACUUGAGGAUUCCAGCGACGAUGGAUCUAUUGAUAGUGAUGAAUUUUCGUCAGUGUACGCUUCCUUUGGACUGAACAAGGAUGAAGCGGUAGCAGCUUUCCAGAAGAUGGCUCAGGGCAAGUCUUCCGUAUCCUGGAGCGAAUUCCAACAGUUGUGGAAGGAGUAUUUCUCGUCUGAAGAUGUUAAUGCACCAGGAAACUGCAUCUUUGGCAAGACUAGUUACUAA